AUGUGCUUUGGGAGUAAAGACGAGGCUCACGAGGAGCAGCAGCCUGCUCCUCGCCCGCAUCCCCGUCCAUCAUCGAUUGACAAGGGCGCCUCCACGUCGAAAAAGAAGGCUCCCAUGGCUCCCUACCAGGAUCCACCAUCACCUACGACUGCUGGACCGUCAUCAUCAAUACCGUAUCCUCAGCAGAACAGCUACGCACCACCCUCAGGAGCAUCUCCCUCGAAAUCACAGCCGUAUCAAGACCCCCCCUCAGGUGUAGCCACGUCUUCUCAACCACCACCCACAGACCUGCCUCCAUCCUACGGCGACGCAAACCCUCAGCAUGACUGGGCCGCCGCGGUGCCCGACACAUCGCUCUUCCCGCCGCCGCCGGCCAUCUUCUCAGGCUUUGAGCGCUCGCCGUCCUCCAACGCCAGCGAGGAGGAGGCCAUUGCCGGCGAGGUCUGGUGCGAGGACAACCCCAUGACGGCCCCCAUGAUGCUCGACGACGCGAGCAAGGGCGCCCUGCACUUCCACAAUAUUCGUCUCAUGGAGCCCGCCGGCUUCAACGGCACCCUGCAAUGGAAGGGCCCUGGGGAGUGGAAGGCGACGACGCGCAAGAACAGCCCGGACCGAUGCCUCAUCAGCUACCCGCCCCUCUACGCGGUCCACGAGCACGGCCCCCUACGGACGGGCGCGCCGAGGACAAUCUACUACGAGGUCCGCAUCCUCGCGGCCUCGCCCACGACCUAUGUCGGCCUGGGCUUCACGGCGCUGCCCUACCCGUCGUUCCGCAUGCCGGGCUGGCACAGGGGCUCGCUGGCCGUGCACGGCGACGACGGGCACAAGUACAUCAACGACCGCUGGGGCGGCAAGGCGUUCACGCAGCCGUUCCGGCGGGGCGAGACGUACGGCAUCGGCAUGACCGUCAAGCCGGCCGAGGCGGGCCGGCUGCUCGUCGACGUCUUUUGUACGAGGAAUGGGUCGCUGGCGGGUGGGUGGAACAUUCAUGAGGAGACGGAUGCGGAGGAGGACCUGCCGGUGGAUGGGCUCGAGGGGCACCAUGAUCUCUGUGCCGCCGUGGGCGUCUACGACGGGGUUGAGAUCGAGGCUGUCUUUGCGCCCGAGAGGUGGAUGUACCGGGACCUGUAG